AUGGGCGGACAUGCAAGUGGAAUACACGAACGAGGGCAGAUUAGACAGCAGCGCACACUACGCGCCCACGCUCAUGAUAUCGAAUUCAAUCUAAGGAAGUGUGAGACAAUGAGUAAUUGGGCGUCGGCAGAAUUGCGGGAAGACCAACUACAGUACGCCGCAAUGGAUAGUGUAGUGCUCCACUAUUUAAACAUUGGGGCAGCACUGAAUUGGUCAUACGGUAAAUCUGCCGCGCCCAAUUCGCGAGAUCACGAGACCUCCUCGUUUUUACAUGUGGAAUUUCCACAUGUUCUAAAGGUCCACACACCUCGCCGCUCCUCAUCGUCUCUACUCUCCCACACGUCUCCUCUACAAUACGCUCCACUACAUCAUCGCCCACACACCUCACCCUCGUUCCUCACUGCUCGUCUCUACUCUCCCACACGUCUCCACUCUCCUCAGCAGCCAAUUCCUUUUAUGAUUUUUUUGCUCAAAUAUUCCAUCCCUUUAUGA